AAAACAGUUUGCCAACUGAGAGCGCGCGUUGAACACGUCUCUCGCCAGCCGCUUUUUACUUUGGCUUAUAGCGAUCCCAGCAGCGGUCUGUGAGUUUUCUAGCCUGCAAUGAGGAAAUCUGCGGGAGGAUUUCAGGCCCCAACCAGCGAGGAUGGCGACCAGCCACCGCAUGGCGAUGGCUCCUCAGUGCGACUGCUGAGGAUUCCCAGGGCCGCACCUGCGAUGGAGAACUACGGAUUCCAGCUGACCCGCAGCAAGUGGGAUCCCUAUCCCUGGGUUUGCGAAGUGGCAGCCGGCACACCCGCCGCCUUCUGCGGCCUGAAAGCCGGCGACUGUGUUCUGGAGGUAAAUGGCCACGAUGUUUUGGGCUUGAGAGUGUCUGAAAUCGCCAAAAUGGUCAAGAGUCAAAAGGACUGCGUCACAAUCCUCUGCUGGAACAGUGAGUGUGACAAGGACUGCGAUACUAAUAGCAUCUGCUGCGCCCCCAUGCCCACCAGCUUGCGCCGCCUGUCCCUCGUGCUGGAGAGCAUCCUGCGGCUGGUCGAGUGUCCUGUCUGCGGAGUGACCAUCUCUCCGCCGGCGAUGCAGUGCCAGAACGGACACCUGCUCUGCGUGGACUGUCGCAUCCGCUCGGAGCGUUGUCCUGUCUGCCGGGACUUCUACACUCCCCGCCGGGCGCUGUUGGCGGAGCAGAUUUUCCUGACCAUUGCCAGCGCCUUCGAGAUGUGCCGCGCGGAGAACAAGCUGCGGCAGAAGCUCUUUGCCGGGAUAACACGGCCAGUGGUGGGGCGACAGGACAGGAUAAGCGGACAGGACACCUGGCGAAAGCGCAGGCCAGUGCUGCCGACGAACAAGUUCCUAACCAAGCUGCUGGAGGGCUGCGCCUACUCCACGGAGAAUCUCACAGCCUCGAAUGCCGCCACCCUGCUGCGGACUAGUUCCACGGAUGGCGCUGGCGACUCCAGUGAAAUCCCGGCCGGAACAUCACCAGUGACAGCCACGCCCCCCGAAAGGACAACAAUGCAUGCCACGCUUGACGGGAAUGCGGCGCAUCCUUCACUCUCGGCGAAUGAUUUACAGCACGAAGGAGUUAAGCCGAAUGCCGAGGGCGUUGACGAGGAAUCCGGAACGGACAGCAGCCGCAACUCCGCCGCAUCCUUGCAUGCUCCUUCUCUGCCAUCCGACGCUAGCCCGGGCAUCAAUGAAUCUUCUGGAUUGCAGCCCGUUCACAUACCUCCUGUCACUCCGAGCCAAGAUUUGCCCCAGCAGGUUGUCCAAACUAAGCCGGCCGUGCUGAUGUACCGCUGUCCCUGCGAGCUGCAGGAUCCGCAGGAUGCGGCAAAGGACCUCCACCAGAACUGCUGCUACAAAUCCGCUUUCCGUCUGCUUUGAGCUCCGGCAUCUCAAUCAACAGCAUCCUCUUAUCAGGCGCAUCCCCCUUUCCCCCGCGCCACUGUUUUCCUUUCUAAUUAAAUUAAAUGCCAGUUGCUUGGCCAAAGUUGCUUAUCGCGCAAAGAAACGAACCCGGCCAAAGGAAUUGUAUGGGUGUCAGGCCGGCACAAAGGCCCAGAAUGGAGAUGCAAAGAAGUUGGUCCAGCUAACUGCAGCGAAGAGUUCAACUUGGCCAAGUUGAGUUCUAAUUGAAUCACUCCUGAACGCUCCAAUGACUUUGUGUCAUUUGCGCCGUCCGACUUGGGCAGCUCGAUAAUGAAGUCCGGGCGCACUGCAUCCAGGGGG